AUGCUUGAAUGUAAAAAUAAUUCCGAUAUAGAUUGCAUAGUGUUUUUAAGUUUUUUGUCUGAUCUAAGCAAAGAAUUUUCCAAGAGAUUCAAAGACUAUGCAGAAAUUAGAAAACUUUCGCAAUUUUUAAAAAAUCCUUUUGAAGUUUCUCCAACAGGAGAAUGGACUGACGUAGCUACAAAAAUGUUCCAAUAUCCAAAAUCUUCACUUCAAAUAGAAAUUAUUGAAUUGCAAGAAGUUAUUUCAUUGCAACAAUACAAAACUGCAUCUACUGAAGAUUUUUGGACAAAGCAUAUUUUAGAUAAGUACAUUAACUGUAGAAAACUGGCUAUAAUAUUAGCUACCAUGUUUGGCUCCACAUACAUAUGUGAAACUUCGUUCUCCAAAAUUACGUUUUUAAAGAAUAAAUAUCGUUCAAGAUUAACUGAUCUCCACCUUGGAAACACUCUGCGCAUAUGUUGCACUUCGAGAGUACCAAAUUUCAAAAAAUUAACUCAGGUCAAUAAAUGUGAUUUUUCUCAUUAA